CCCACGAUUUAACGGCGAACGCGUUUCCAUGGCAACGACCGGCGGAACGGACUCGGUUCGCCCGCGGAGCUCCUGUUCUCCAGACCUGCAGAGGCGCUGAAGGAAACCACACACAUCUUUACAAAGCUCCUGGAUUAUGUGGACCAGUUCCCUUCUGCUUGGUCAACGACUGGGCUGAAUGAAGUCUUGCUGUGGAUCGUAUAAUUUUGCGGUGAAGACACCACACCACAAGGGAAAAUCUGCGUUGGGGAGAGGAGAGGAGAGGAGAGAAGGUGAAGGGGGUUCCCCUCAUCCAACUCCACUUCCACUUGCAUUUCCACCCCUCUUUUUCCGUUGACUCCUCCAGCUCAUACUCAGUGCAAACAAGAUGCCUCUUCGUGAAACCUGCUGCUCUGUCUGUGAUUUCAUUCUGGAAUACGACACCCCGAGGAUUGUGCUCAUCAAAAACAAGAAAGUUGGGCUCAUUAAUCGUCUGGUACAGUUGGUGAUCCUUUCCUAUAUCAUUGGGUGGGUGCUCAUCUGGCGAAAAGGCUAUCAGGAUUUUGACUCCAUCGUCAGCUCGGUCAUCAUCAAAGUGAAAGGUGUGGCAUUUGUCAAUUCGUCAGGUUUUGGAGAACGCUUAUGGGACUCGGCCGAUUACAUUAUUCCUCCAGAGCAAGAAAGCUCCUUCUUUGUUAUGACCAACCUAAUUCGCACUGAGAAUCAGACCCAAGGUCACUGCCCUGAGUUGCCAAAAAAUGGGUUUAAUUGUACCUCAGACAGUAACUGCACGGCCGGACUCAUUGAUCCUCACAGCAGUGGCGUAUUGACUGGAAAAUGUGUCACCUUUAAUGAAGGUGUGAAAACGUGUGAGGUUCUUGCCUGGUGUCCCCUUGAGAGUCAAACAGUUUUUCCCAAUCCGGCGCUUCUUGGAGGAGCUGAAAACUUCACGGUGUUGAUCAAGAACAACAUCAGGUUCCCCCAGUUCAAUUUCUCAAAGAGAAAUAUCUUGCCUAACAUCAGCGCGAGUUACUUGAAAACAUGCGUGUUCAAUCGGACAAAGGAACCUUACUGCCCCAUUUUCCGUCUGGGGGACAUCGUGAGAGAAACGGGGGACAAAUUUCAAGAACUGGCUCUUCAGGGUGGAGUGAUCGGGAUUCUGAUCAAGUGGAACUGCAACCUGGACCGAUCUGCAUCUGAGUGCGUCCCACAAUACACAUUUCAGCGACUGGACAACAGGAAUGUUGAUGAAACGGUGUCUCCUGGUUAUAAUUUUAGAUAUGCCAAAUACUAUGAGAACUCAGCUGGAAAAGAGACACGAACAUUGAUCAAAGCAUAUGGAAUACGAUUUGAAGUUGAAGUUUUCGGAAAGGCUGGAAAAUUUAACAUUAUCCCAACAAUGAUAAGCAUUGGAUCUGGCAUAGCCUUGCUUGGAAUGGGAACAGUGCUGUGCGAUAUGAUUAUCCUGCAUUUGUUAAAGAAGCGGAAUUACUACAAAGAAAAGAAAUACAAGUACGUGGAAGAUUAUGAACGGGGUAUUGACGAUGCUGACGAUGACUGAUCACAAUGAAUUUAAGGGACAAUGGAAUUCCUCACUCAAUAACUAUAAAAUGCUGUCAUCCUGUAUAUAUUAAUUUUGGCAGCCACUGAACUGCAUAUCUUAUACUUCAAUUACAAUGCCUUUCAGAUAAUAAGCAGAGGAACUCUUUAUUUUACCAAAACAAAACUGCAAAAGGAAUAAUAGUGGAAGAAGUUCCACCUUUAUAGCUCCUUGAAUUGCUGCUCGGCACACUAUAGUACUACGGUUCUAUAGUCAAACACAGCAACCAUUUGUGCCAGUAACUGCUGUGAAUUGAACGACUGAUUAAUCUGGAGGCUUUUUGGCCAGGACAAUGGGAGACAUUCCCUUUUUUGUAGCAGUGUCAUGGAUCUCUUUAUCUUCCUUUCUUUCCGACAUAGGUAAAACCUGCAUAGCUUUGGCAGGUGAUCAUCUAACAAUGCCGAGGAAAUGUGAAUCCUGCCUGAUUUACAGCUCCCUACCUGGGCACAAAAGCCAAUUGUAACAUCACAUGUUAUGUGAUCCAUGACACUCAGUGCUGCACAGACUGAGGCUCAAACCGUGUCACAUCUGUAGGGUUCAGAUAUUCACUGAGCGAUUAGUGUCUUAAAAAUAAUAAUUUACUAUAGCAUCUUAAUGUGAUCAGGAUUUUUUUGAACCACAUUAUUCUGUUUGAUUUUAAAAAAAACAAAAUGGUACGAAAAUAUAAUCUUUGUUCUAGGGAACAAAAUGCUGUACUACAAAGAUAAGCAUUCAGGCGUGACUUAAUGAAUCAACAAAUGUUGUUGAUCUCUGGAUGAGAUCUACUGUAGUAGAUGGUAUAAAGGUGAUUGUUCCAACAAUAAAUUGGGAUUAAAUCAAAUCUAAUUAAUUUAAGGGGAUUGGACUGGAUUGUAGCAAAUUUAAAGGAUAACAAAAAUCAAUUCUAAAUGACCAAAAAUUAUUUGAACACACAGCGAAUAUGAAUGAACUGAAUGUUUUUUUCUUGUACUGACUGCACUGCAAUCAUCAAAUUGUUUUUCUUAACAAAACAAUAGCAGUAAUAUAGAAACUUAAUGUUUAAAUGUUUCAAAGCUCUUUAAAGUAAUUACUGUCUAGUGUGGAGACUUUUUUUUAGGCAUUUGGAUCACGAAGGUCCCACAACAGUUGGUGAAUGACCAAUUCAUCUGGGUGAUUGCUCACCAGGAAACUCAUUUUUUUAAUUCUGUUGUGGGAUCUUUAACAUCUACCAGAACAAGUGAAUUUGGUCCUUGAUUAGAAAUGUACAGGACAGUUAAAGACCCCUGCAGUCCAACAGGCCAGUCCCAAAGAAAACUUUUAAUAUAAAUAACACUACUUUUGGAAAAAAGAGAAGUACAUUUCUCCCAGUUUCCGGGAUAACAAUCCUCCACGUACAAUAAUUCGAUCAAUUCAUCUUAUGGGCCUUGCUGAUACAAAUAGCUGCCAUAUUUGCCUACUGGCUACAAUAUUAGCCAGUGCACUUAACAGUAAUUACUUGUGAGAUGCUAAUAGAGGAAAAACUGGAAUAGAUCAAACUUUAUUACUAUACAAAAUACUCCGCAUUUCUGCCAGAUCAUUCGUGUCCCAAGUCAGUCAAUAACAUUACAUAUUCUCACCAUUCUUCAUAACAUCGUAAACUAGAUGAAGAACAAGUGGGUAUGUUUAAAAGGGAGGAUGUUUAGAUGGAGUGUUAAGGGGUAUAAGGCAGAUAAAUGAGAGUAAAAGAUCUAAUAAAAUGGCAGAACAGGCUCAAAUGGCUAAAUGGGCUCCGUUUCUAAGAAAUAAACAGACUUCGCUAUAUAUCAACUUUAUACAAUUUAUUUAAAAUCAAAUACACUGAUGUUCAUGAAUAAAUUCAUGUGUUUAUUAAUGAAAUCAUCUUGCUCAAUGCAUAUAAAUAGCUUUUUACAAUUGCCUUGUGUGUCUGUAAAUUCAGCACAUCAAUAAAACCUCAAGACUUGAAUGACUUAAAAA